AUGAGCUCACAACCCUUCUCGCCAACCCGCGACAGCCACCGCCGCCGCAGCAGCAGGCACCCGUCGGAGCGGGAUCGUGACUCCCUGUCCGACGACGACCUUCACCGCCGCCGCCGCCGCAGCCGCAGCCGCAGCCGCAGCCGCGUCGACGGCGCCGACAGCGACAGGUACGCCGUGGUGCCCCGGCGGAAGCAGCGGAGCCGGUCGCGCCGCGGGGACGAUUACGACGACGAGGACGACGAGGGUAAGGCCAUGGGGCGCGUGGUGCGGCGGCGCCGGUCCGACGACUCGAUCGCGUCGUCGUGCUCGGGGCGAACCCAGGUCUACGACUCCCGCGGGCGCCGCCAGGACGACCACCACCACCACCGCCACCGCAGGGACCGCAGCCAGUACAGCGGGCGCGGCGGCCACCACCACUACUACUACGACGACGACGACGAGGACCUGGAGAGGAAGAGGGAGCAGCAACACCAGCAGCCGCCAAAGAAGCGCAGCCGUCUGGACCCCAGGGUCAUCAUAGCGGCCGUCUUCUGCGUCGGGGCGGCGGCCUAUUGCUGGAAGGAGGCGUCGAGUGACCGGAAGAGGAGCCCGAGAAGGGAGGAGUGA